AUGAAUACCGAUGUCGAUGUCGAUGGACCUCGGGUGACUCUUGAUCUACACAAUGGCACCAGUGUCGAUGUCGAUGGACCUCGGGUGACUCAUGAUCUACACAAUGGCACCAGUGUCGAUGUCGAUGGACCUCGGGUGACUCAUGAUCUACACAAUGGCACCAGUGUCGAUGUCGAUGGACCUCGGGUGACUCAUGAUCUACACAAUGGCACCAGUGUCGAUGUCGAUGGACCUCGGGUGACUCAUGAUCUACACAAUGGCACCAGUAUCGAUGUCGAUGGACCUCGGGUGACUCAUGAUCUACACAAUGGCACCAGUAUCGAUGUCGAUGGACCUCGGGUGACUCAUGAUCUACACAAUGGCACCAGUAUCGAUGUCGAUGGACCUCGGGUGACUCAUGAUCUACACAAUGGCCCCAGUAUCGAUGUCGAUGGACCUCGGGUGACUCAUGAUCUACACAAUGGCACCAGUGUCGAUAUCGAUGGACCUCGGGUGACUCAUGAUCUACACAAUGACAUCAGUUUCGAUGUCGAUGGACCUCGGUCGACUCUUGAUCUACACAAUGGCACCAGUUUCGAUGUCGAUGGACCUCGGGUGACUCAUGAUCUACACAAUGGCACCAGUUUCGAUGUCGAUGGACCUCGGGUGACUCAUGAUCUACACAAUGGCACCAGUUUCGAUGUCGAUGGACCUCGGGUGACUCAUGAUCUACACAAUGGCACCAGUAUCAAUGUCGAUGGACCUCGGGUGACUCUUGAUCUACACAAUGGCACCAGUGUCGAUGUCGAUGGACCUCGGGUGACUCAUGAUCUACACAAUGGCACCAGUGUCGAUAUCGAUGGACCUCGGGUGACUCAUGAUCUACACAAUGGCAUCAGUUUCGAUGUCGAUGGACCUCGGUCGACUCUUGAUCUACACAAUGGCACCAGUUUCGAUGUCGAUGGACCUCGGGUGACUCUUGAUCUAUACAAUGGCACCAGUUUCGAUGUCGAUGGACCUCGGGUGACUCAUGAUCCACACAAUUGCACCAGUUUCGAUGUCGAUGGACCUCGGGUGACUCUUGAUCUACACAAUGGCACCAGUAUCGAUGUCGAUGGAUCUCGGGUGACUCAUAAAAUACACAAUGGCACCAGUGUCGAUGUCGAUGGACCUCGGGUGACUCAUGAUCUACACAAUGGCACCAAUGUCGAUGUCGAUGGACCUCGGGUGACUCAUGAUCUACACAAUGGCACCAGUGUCGAUGUCGAUGGAUAUCGGGUGACUCAUGAUCUACAUAAUGGCACUAGUAUCGAUGUCGAUGGAUCUCGGGUGACUCAUGAUCUACACAAUGGCACCAGUGUCGAUGUCGAUGGACCUCGGGUGACUCAUGAUCUACACAAUGGCACCAGUAUCGAUGUCGAUGGAAAUCGAGUGACUCAUGAUCUACACAAUGGCACCAGUAUCGAUCUCGAUGGACCUCGGGUGACUCUUGAUCUACACAAUGGCACCAGUGUCGAUGUCGAUGGAAAUGAGACGAAUAUUGACAUUUGGUAUAUUGGCUAA